CGGCCGAGCAUAGCAAUCUCCGCGCGUGAGCUGUGAAGAUCUGACUUUACGACGACUGGAUGUGUUUGAUAAACCCACUGAUGGAACAUCGACAGACACACAAAGAUCUGCUCAUUCAUGAAUUUCGAAAAACAAAAUCUGUGAUGGAAGAAAACUGAAGAAUGAAGUGAAAGCAGUCCUUCCACCUCCACUCCCUCUCCGGCAAGCUUUGUCCACGUCCUCCCGGCUCUGGCUCUCCAAGUAGUGGCAGCUACUUCUUAUAGGACACCCAGAAGGACUCCAGGUGCCCAAUGAGCUCCUUCCAGCAGCACUUCCAGGAUCUCGUCCUUCCACUAUCGAGGCAUCCUGGCCGGCCAUGAAGGCUCAGAAGAGAUGGAGCUACUUUGUCUUCUUUCUACUCCACAUGAUGCAUGUUGCCUGGACACAGAGGUUUCAAAUUGUUUCACCUUCCUCAACUGUUCUUGUUUUUGCUGGUGACGAUGUCACCCUUCCUGCCUCACUCUCACCAGCUAUCAGUGCUCAGGGGUUUGAGGUCAGGUGGUUUCGAGGUGAUUUCAACUCUCCAGUACUUUUAUACCAGGAUUUCCAAAUUGCACCUGAGCAUCAGAUUCACUCCUAUAAGGGAAGGACUGCACUAUUCCCAGAAGAGCUCCUGAAUGGAAACAUAUCUCUGAGCCUCCAGGAUGUUCGUGUAUCUGAUGGUGGUCUCUACAGAUGUUUUGUGGACUCUGGACUAUGGCAUGAGGAGGCCGACAUCACUCUUAAUGUUGAAGUUUUGGGUGGUCAGCCCUCCAUUUCCAUUGGCUCUACAGAGGACCAGCAGACCAGACUAGAGUGCAAGGCGGACAAGUGGGGCACCACACCAGACGUGACAUGGAGGAACAUGAAUGGGGUGAACGUGAUGUCUGAGUCCAGAGUCACUGAAGAGCGGGACGGUGAGGGAUUUCUCAAAGUCAGCAGCGUCAUCCCCAUCAAGCAGGAGUUCAACGUGUUCUCCUGUCUCAUGAGAAGUAAAGUGCCAAAGCCUGAUUGGCAUGCAGGCCUUACGAUCUACGUUUUCUCCCCAGCAGUCCCAGGCUGGUCGGUGGUCUUCUGGUUAUCAUUGCUUCUGUAUGUGGCAGUGGCGGCUUUGCUGAUGUUUCAAUGGAGGAGAAUGAGAGAACAUAAAGCAAGAUACGACUCCAAAGCUUUCUUUUUACAACUCUGUUACCUGAAAAAGGAAACAGAGAAGAUCAAAGCUCCAGUUUGGACGCAAACCAUUCCUAAAGUUCUCAGAAGAUACCUUCAUGAAGAUCUCCUCAAGAUCACCGAGUACUUCAGGCCCUGCCUGGCCUAUCUGAUCAAAGCUAAGAUGGCAAACAUCCUGGAGAGCCUGGUCAGCAAGGAGAUUCUAACCAAUGAUGAGGCAAAGAUUAUCAAAGUCAAAGAAGAGUCUGAGGGGACAGAGACUGUGGACUCCUUCAUCGGUGAAGUAAUGAAGAAGGACCGAGUGGUGCUGAUCAGCCUGUGGGAGGCACUGGCUGAGCAACUUGAGAGAUUUCAAUCACCAAACCUCUUAAGAUUAAUGGAGGAGGUAACAGAAGAGAGAAGGGAGCUCUUAGAGGAGAUUGACACCAGUGUCCAUUCACCAGUCCUUGAACCUCAUAUUAAAGAUCUCCAUGAGACACACAGACAGGCUGUGUCUGAAUCCACAAGAACUCUGGGGGCUCAGACUUCUCCUGGAGAUCCACACACCACAGCUGUGGGCUUUGAGACUCAAUACACAGAGUUGGUGGCCGUUGAACAGGACACAAGAAACCAUAAGGUGACUGAACAUAAACUUGUGAAGACUGGGAGGAUCCAUGAAGAGCUCAUGAAGAAAGGAGCAGCAGAGAAAUGUGAACGAAUCUGGAUUGAGCAGCUGUUUAGGAAAAGUCCUGUAAGUGUAAAUCCAGUCAACAUCAUAGUGGUCAGUGGGAUGGUCGGAAUAGGGAAGACCACCAUGAUUCAGAAGAUCAUGUAUGACUGGGCCAGAGGCACUCAGUACCAGAGGUUUGCAUUUGUGUUCCUGUUUAAAUUUAGAGAGCUUAACCUCUUAGACAAUGAGAAUGAGACACAAAUGUCACUGACCAAACUGAUUGAAAGGCACUAUAAAUAUCUCAGUGAUGAUCCACUGAAAGACAUUCUGAAGAAUCCUGAAGCUCUCCUGUUUAUAUUCGAUGGUCUGGAGGAGUACAAACACAAACUGGACUUCACCCAGAGUCAGUUCUGCUCAAACCCAGAUGUUGAGGUGCCUGUCCACAUCCUGGUCACCAGUCUGGUCAGUCGUACAUUACUGAAGGGCUGUUCAGUCCUGAUAACAAGCAGACCAACAGCCCUGGAAGCCAUGGACAUGGAAAGAGUCGAUCAGUUUUUAGAGAUCCUGGGGUUCUUUCCUGAUCAAAGGCUGAUGUACUGUAAGAAUUUCUUUGUUGACUCUGCUCUGGCUACUCAGGCAUUUCAGUAUGUCAAGGAGAACACCAUCCUGUACUCAAUGUGCUUCAUCCCCUCGUACUGCUGGAUGAUCUGCUCUGUGUUGAAGAGCCACUUCAUGACACCUGAAACUGCCAAAAGUGAAGCUCUGCAAGUAGGUCAGUGGCUCUGUGAAACUCAGAAUAAGGAGUUAAUUAGAGACACCAUUGGAAAGAAUUUAAAGAUGAACUUUAGCAGCACGACUUUAUCUGCUGUGGACUGUGCUGUGCUGGCUGCUGUCAUCAGCUGUUGUGGAGAACUUAAAGAACUUGACCUGUCAUACACACCUCUGACCACCGAAUGCAUCGAGAUACUGGAGCCGGGGCUCAGCUGCUGCAGUGUAGUUCGGUUGUUCUCUUGUGGUCUCAUCUCGGCCUGCUGCUCAGCUCUCUCCUCGGUCCUCUUGUCUCGAAACUCACGGCUGACUGAACUGAACCUUGACGACAACAACCUGGUAGAUUCAGGGGCUCAUCAGCUGAGUGAGGGGCUCAGGAGUGACAACUGUAAUUUAGAGAAACUGGGGUUGUACUCUUGUGGUCUCACCUCGGCCUGCUGCUCAGCUCUCUCCUCGGUCCUCUCGUCUCCAAACUCACGGCUGACUGAACUGGUGCUGAACUUCAACAACCUGGGAGAUUCAGGGGCUCAUCAGCUGAGUGAAGGGCUCAGGAGUGACAACUGUAAAUUAGAGAAACUGGGGUUGUACUCUUGUGGUCUCACCUCGGCCUGCUGCUCAGCUCUCUCCUCGGUCCUCUCGUCUCCAAACUCACAGCUGACUGUACUGAGUCUGAGCUUCAACAACCUGGGAGAUUCAGGGGCUCGUCAGCUGAGUGAGGGGCUCAGGAGUGACAACUGUAAAUUAGAGACACUGAAGUUGUGGUCUUGUGGUCUCACCUCGGCCUGCUGCUCAGCUCUCUCCUUGGUCCUCUCGUCUCCAAACUCACGGCUGACUGAACUGUGGCUGAACGACAACAAGCUGGAAGAUUCAGGGGCUCAUCAGCUGAGUGAGGGGCUCAGGAGUGACAACUGUAAAUUAGUGACACUGAGGUUGUACUCUUGUGGUCUCACCUCGGCCUGCUGCUCAGCUCUCUCCUUGGUCCUCUCGUCUCCAAACUCACGGCUGACUGAACUGGAGCUGAGCAAGAACAACAAGCUGGGAGAUUCAGGGGCUCGUCAGCUGAGUGAGGGGCUCAGGAGUGACAACUGUAAAUUAAAGAAACUGUGGUUGUCUGAUUGUGGUCUCACCUCGGCCUGCUGCUCAGCUCUCUCCUCGGUCCUCUCAUCUCCAAACUCACAGCUGACUGAACUGGACCUGAACAAGAACAACCUGGGAGAUUCAGGGGCUCAUCAGCUGAGUGGGGGGCUCAGGAGUGACAACUGUAAAUUAGAGACACUGUGGUUGGACUCUUGUGGUCUCACCUCAGCCUGCUGCUCAGCUCUCUCCUCGGUCCUCUCAUCUCCAAACUCACAGCUGACUGUACUGGUGCUGAACUUCAACAACCAGCUGGGAGAUUCAGGGGCUCGUCAGCUGAGUGAGGGGCUCAGGAGUGACAACUGUAAAUUAGUGACACUGAGGUUGGUCUCUUGUGGUCUCACCUUGGCCUGCUGCUCAGCUCUCUCCUCGGUCCUCUCAUCUCCAAACUCACGGCUGACUGAACUGGACCUGAACAACAACAACCUGGGAGAUUCAGGAGCUCGUCAGCUGAGUGAGGGGCUCAGGAGUGACAACUGUAAAUUACAGACACUGAUGUUGUACUCUUGUGGUCUCACCUCGGCCUGCUGCUCAGCUCUCUCCUCGGUCCUCUCGUCUCCAAACUCACAGCUGACAUACCUGAACCUGGACAACAACAACCUGGGAGAUUCAGGGGCUCGUCAGCUGAGUGAGGGGCUCAGGAGUGACAACUGUAAAUUAAAGACACUGGAGUUGGGGUUUUGUGGUCUCACCUCGGCCUGCUGCUCAGCUCUCUCCUCGGUCCUCUCGUCUCCAAACUCAUGGCUGACUGAACUGGACCUGAACUUCAACAACAACCUGAGAGAUUCAGGGGUUCAUCAGCUGAGUGAGGGGCUCAGGAGUGACAACUGUAAAUUAGAGACACUGAGGUUGGACUCUUGUGGUCUCACCUCGGCCUGCUGCACAGCUCUCUCCUUGGUCAUCUUGUCUCCAAACUCACAGCUGACAUAUCUGAGUCUGAGCUACAACAACCUGGGAGAUUCAGGGGCUCGUCAGCUGAGUGAGGGGCUCAGGAGUGACAACUGUAAAUUAGUGACACUGGGGCUGGAGAACAACGGGAUCAGUGAGAGUGAGGAGAGGAACAUGAGGUCAGUAGAGGAGGAGCUGAGGAGGUCUGGAUGUGAGAUGGAUAUCUACACAGGAGAAGACCCGCAGUGGUGAUCAGUCUGACCCCGUCAGUGACGGAGCCCCCCAUCCACUCUCCCCUAAAUUCUCCUCUUUCUUCUUUUUCUUCUCCUCUCAGCUCUGCUCCUCAUUUAAUAAACUCUCCAUGUCCCCUCA